AUGCCAGCGAUUCCUGAAUUUGCCUCCGGCUUAGCGAACGAUCUUGUGCAUCGUGCUACCCUUGCAUCGCCCCCUAAUGUGACGGGAGUUGUUCCAGUCCUUGAGGUUGUCUGCGCCUGGCCGGUCUCUGGUCAGUAUGGACCCGGCACCCGCGUUUUAUAUUAUGUCUUGAUUGCAGCUUGUGUGGUUGCUCGGAAGGUGGAAUUCAUUCGGAAUGCCUGUCUGGCUGCUGUGCUACUUUUCCCCGCUGUGGCCGCUCUACAUGGAAUUGUUCUAGCAGUGCUGCACGUUGAUGGAGCCGUCGACAUGGACGUCUACGGUGCUUUCCAACUAUGCGCAAUAGGCAUCCUAACUGCCCCAGCAACUGUCCGCCUAUCCCAAACCUAUUUCAACAACCCAGGCCGGGAUCUGAUCUUCUUAUGGACAGUCCUUCUUCUCGCCGGGCUUCUAAGCCUGAUAGUGGAAUUUAUGCGCCUCGAACCCACCGUCUGUCCAAAUAACGACCAAGGGGGUAUCGAGUGGGCAACAACGAAUAAGUUUCCAUACGGGGCAAACUGCAGUAUGAGAUGCACUCCGGAAGAUGGUCCAAUCUCACAUUUGCGUCAAGGCUCCGCCGACAAUAUAUACGUGGUUCCAACGCCUUUUCAAUUGACUUUUAACACCACAACCCUUCUCGCCGCUGCGUGCUGUGUUCCAGCUAUUUUGCAAUUGGUUUCUAUGUGGAUUAAGAUCAUGGAUGCUAACUGGGAGAAAUUCUCUCGUGGGGAGAAGAAGAAGCCUGAUGAGGCUAUUGAGGGCACUAAUGGGGCUACUCUCAAUCAUAUGACAGGCAUUACUGAGAAGAUACGUAGCUGGCUGGCUCUCAUUGAGAUUCCAAUCUUUGCUGCAGCUGUCAUGUUCAUUCUUGUCAAGGGAGAGAUGAACUUUUGGAGUGGGCCGGUGUAUUAUCAAACAGAGCGGAUAGCGAGUAUAGGCCAAUGGGCACCAAUAGUCGGCACAGGUCUCGCUGUGUUCGGAUCUCUAUACCUCCUAGUCUCAGCCGACAUCGACGCAGAAGGAAACAAUGACAACAACAACAACAACCAACAAGAAUCCCAGCAACCCCGAAUGGUAAUAACAACAACAUGCAGCAAAUGUCAAGGCUGCGCUAUAUCCUCCGACACAGAAUCCAGCAAUAAUUCCCGGCGCGACUCAGGCACAAAUACAGAAGGCCAAGCCGCCGAAAUCGAACUACCAACGCCAACACGAACGCCCACAGUCCAAACCCAAACAGACGUCGGCGGCCGACGACGAGUCGCCCGCUUCUUCAACACAGUCAGCACAGCGAUCACCGCAAAAGCAGCCAAACAAACCGAAAAAUCAGGCUUCAAACAAGAAGAACGAACAACAUAUCCCACAACGCCAGGCGAAAAUUUCCGGAACCCAAAAUUGGCCGAGGAUAUAAGUAUCUACAACCAUUCCCCGACGCCCAUUGACGGACGCUCCAGAGCAGGCAGUUUCAUGAGUAUAAGCCGGGACUCGGAUAAUGGCGAAGGGAGUUCGAAGAUGCCGCGAAAUCGCAGUCGCAGUCCAGCCCCGGUUCGUCAUUCAUCCUUACCAGCUCAUGUCCGACCCCCGCCACGCUCGGUGACUCGUCCGUCGCAUUCGAAUUCCGAGCCUGAGGGGGGUCUGUUUGGAUCUUCUUUGUUGGGGUGUCCUCCGUCGCCUCACUCGGCCAUUAGUGAGUGGAGGAUGAACUUGAGUCCUGUUUCUGGUCAGACACCUGAGGGGAGGAGUAGGACUACUUCUGUUUCGGAUGUUAGCCCCUCUACUACUGCUCCUACUAUGUCUGGGGUGCAGACUGUUCCGACGAUACAUGUGUCUAGUCAUGAGGGUUCUUGA